CCUAAGUGUUCUGCUUCAAACUUCAAAGCUCUUCAAAAAAAAUCUCGUAGUCUUUAUAUUUCGUGUGUAGUGUUUCUUUAAAAAUAGUUUCAUGUAGGAUAUAAACACGGAAUUUUCCAUUACGAUCAAAAGUCGAUAUAGCCUAAAAAAUUAAGGCUUCGACAUCUCCAACACGGAAAUAAUUUUUUCCGUAGAAGAUGGAGAAUGAUUCACAAAUCCCUCUUCCCUUGGAGCCAAUAAGAUCUAAUAAUAUAGAAGAUAGAAGAUUGUGGGUGGGUAACUUAGAUUUACGUGUUAAUGAGUAUCAAUUCCUCAAACUCGUACAAAAUCAUGGAAAUAUUGAAAAGUUUGAUCUUCUAUUUCAUCGAUCCGGACCACAAGCUGGUUUACCAAGAGGCUAUGCAUUUGUUACAUAUAAAUCAUCGAGAGAUGCAGAACGUGCUAUAGAAGCAUUACAAAAUCUUAAAGUGGGAUCUAAGACUAUAGUAGUAAGAUAUGCUCACAGUAUAAACGAGGCUGAUUUAGAUAAACCCAAACCAAAGAUUGAGAUACCUGCUUUAGCUGGUGCAAAAAAGGAUGAUAAAAAAAUAAGUCGAGAAACAGCAAUACAAGCUAUUGAGGCUAAAUUAAAAUUGAUGAAAGAGUCAAAAGAAGAAUUUCAAUUAAAUAAGCCACUAGACGGAACACCUUUAAUUUAUCAGUAUCAAAAAUCAGAACACAGUAAGCCGUCCACUUCUGUACGACAUUACAAUCGAGGAAGCUAUCACAAUAGUAGAAAACCAUACGGUCGUACAAGACCAAGAAGAUAAUUAGGUUCAUAAAUCAUAUAAAUAUUUUGUGUUUAAGUGAGAGAGUAUAAGUUCCAUGUGUAUUUUUUUAUUAAUUUAUUAUUAAGACAUUGCGAAACAUUCUCACAUAGAUAUAACGUCGUUCAUUUAACAUACAGCUAAAUAUAAUUGUUAUUCUUUAUAUAGGCAUGAAAUGCAAAUCAUUCAUAUUCAAUAACAAAUGCAUUUUGACGAUUCCAUUUUAUUAAUUCCAUCAUUAAAUAUUGAUUUUGAUUAUAAAUUAUUGCUUCUU